AUGGAGAGCAAUAAGCAGAAUUUUCGUCAUAUUUUACUUUUUUAUUAUAGAAAAGAUAAAAAUGAUAUUCAAGCCAGAAAGAAAUUAACCGAGGUAAGGCCGGUUGAAGCUGAUAAAGACACGAUAAAGGCAUUAGUUGAUGCAAACUGGCGAAUAACAACACGUGAAAUCGGUGAAAGGUUAAAUUUAUCAAAUUCAACUGUUAAUGACCACUUGAAAGGCCUGGUUUUAAUCCCGAAGCUCGAUAUAUGGAUUCUCCAUGUUCUCACGGAGAGAAAUUUGUGUCGUCGCGUUGACGUCUGUGAUUCGCUUCUCAAACGUCACGAAAAUGAUCCAUUUUUGAAGCGCAUCAUUACUGGGAACGAAAAAUGGGUUGUAUAUAACAAUGUCAAACGCAAGAGAUCAUGGAGCAAAAAAGAUGAAUCGGCUCAAAGCAUUUCUAAAGCCAAUAUUCAUCAAAAAAAGAUGAUGCUGUCUACUUUACCGGAUAACACAACAAUUAAUUCGGAAGUCUACUGUCAUCAACUGGACAAACUAAAUGAUGCACUUCAACAGAAAAGGUCAGAAUUAAUCAAAAGAAAAGGUGUAAUGUUCCAUCAAGAUAAAGCGAGACCUCAUACAAGUUUAGUCUCUCGUCAAAAGCUUUUACAGCUUGAAUGGGAUACAAUGCCACAUCCACCAUAUUCUCUAGAUCUGGCACCUUCGGAUUAUUAUUUGUUUCGGUCACUGCAAAAUUUUUUAGACGGUAAAACAUUCGCUUCAAAUGAGGAAGUCAAAAACCACCUCGAUCAGUUUUUUGCCAGCAAAGACCAAAAAUUUUAUGAGCGUGAAAUCAUGCUACUAUCAGAAAGAUGGCAAAAGCGCGUCGCUGAUGCGCGUUCUUGGUCAUUGAGGGUUAAAUACACAAUGUCGACGAUAAUUAACUUCAAUGGCCGUCGGCGAGGAUACUUUGUGAAUCAUUUUGUUGAAAUAAUAUUAGCGUUGUUAUUGGACGAAAUUGAAAUUGGUUUUAAUUAG